AUGGGUCUCUCGCGCUACGAGUCCUAUGAUGGCCUCCCGGAUGCAUCAGGAUCAGCCCCCGAUGUUCCCAGCAUGACCACAGCAUAUGCCCGCCCCUCCCCCUCCCCUGGCCUUGCUGCCGUCACCGCAUUCUCUCAGGCCCGGUACGCCUCCAUCUCGACCUCCCCUCCCAUCCCAGACGCCGUCCCCGACCAUCUCGCCGACUCUCCCCCUCCCUCGAUCCUCCGCAAUCCCCAACCUCCCCCCGCACAGCCGCCCCCGCCCUCCCAGGAGUCCUCCCUCGACCGCCUGCUCGCUCCCAUGGACAACCAUCGCUCCUCCGGCCAGCGCCCUUCGUCGCGUCGCGCCCUUACACGCGCCUUGGAACUCGCCCGGGAAGCGGUAAAACUGGAUUCAACCAAUGACGACCCUUAUGGUGCUGUUAUGGCCUACGCGAAGAGCGUUGCUCUUCUGAGCGAAGUAAUGGAGCGCGUCAUGCGGGGAGAGGAUAGUACGGAGAGCCACAGGCGGAAGAACGGACGGCGAAGAAGCGUCGUCGCUCAGGAGGAGGAGGUUCGACGGCUCAAGUCCAUUGUGAGUAUCUACCUCUGCACCUAUGUUUGCGAUCUAAGCCACUGCCCUGCUCCGUCGCCGCACAUACAGCACGACACAUACGCGGAUAGGAUGAACAUCCUUAGCGUCGUGUACGACAUCCCCCUCCCCCCUCACUCACCGCCAGCAAUGUCCUCGAUGUCUGUCUCCAGCGAUUCUACCCGUCCCUCAUCGCCCGCGUCAAUAUCACCAACUUCGGAGGCUUCGGCAUCGGAUAUCGGCUCCCGCAACCGUUCCCCUUCUCGCACUCGCGAUCAUGACAAUCGGCACUCAAGCGAGACGAUGCGCGGUGAAAGCACGACGGAUGACGAGUCGGAGCUUCUGAGCAGGAACAGCAGUUACACAAGUCUAUCCCCUUCGAUGCGCUCCCUCCAAUCCCAACAUAGUCCGUCACCCAUACACCCGUAUGCCGCCGCGGCAUCCCCAUCGUUGGUGUCACCAAUAUCUGGUGCUGCCUCCGGCUCGCGUGCCUCCGUGAUUCGAUCCAGGUCAAGAGCACCGUCAACGCUCCCACCUCCAGCGCCGCUCCCCACAUCACUUCCUCCCCCCGCACCUUCACCUACGAAACCGGAGUACCCGGAACUGACGCCAACACACACCCUGCGGCCCGCAGAGAUGUCCACAAGGAGUCGUGGCAACUCUGUAAGCCACAAACGCAACAACUCAGGAAGUCGGCUGGCUGCGUUGCGGGAGGAGCCCGUCUACGGCAGUAGCUCCUCGACCACGCAGCAACAGCAACCACAGCGUCCGACAAUUGAAGAGCCUCCCCGUUCCAAGUCAAGGUUGAACAUUCAUCCACAUGGCGCCUCUCCACCCCUUCCGCCAUUACCCUCGCCUUCCCCGGAGCUUGUCACGCCCAAGACAGUCGAACCGGUUUCACCUCCUCCGGGCAGUCCUGGCAGUUUCAUGACGCCGCGACCCAGAGGAGGGUCCACCAUCUCCACCCGUUCGGAGGUCACUCCUAUGGCGAAAGCAACGCUGAUCAACGCGUCCCCAGCAUUAGGCACGAUUCACCAACGGCGUGGCAAGUCGUCCGCUCCGCCAGGCAGUGGAAGCGACGCGUCCUCCCCCACCGACUCCCCAAUUUCCGCCGCUUCUGUACCUAACAUGGGCUCUCGGAUAGCAUCCGCGUUGCCGUCGAGCACGCAGUCGAGUCUUGGCCUCGGCCGCAACCGUGCGCUUUCGCAGCCAGGACGACGCCCAUCCAUUGUAUCAGCUAACUCAUACCCCGCACCCUUCCCCGGCGCGCCAGCUGGCUCCCCCGCGCAACGGAAGGUUUCCAUACCCUCGCGGCUUAACCCAUCGCAGCCUCCACAAAUCACGGUCAACACCGCGAUUCUUUCCCCGCCUCUGUCGUUGUCGGGGCUCUCGCUCACCUCACCUGCGCUCGUCCCACCUCCGCCGAUACCCUAUGCCAAUAUUCCCGCCGCGCCGCUCUCACCGCUGCCCACGUCUGCGCCGCCAGACCCGACCCGGAAGCCGUACCACAUGAUGUUCCUCCUCCGGACGACGAUGACUUCCAAGACGGGCGGUUACAUAACCCGUCGACUGCACGUUCCGCAGGAGGUGUGGUCGCAGGGCGGUGCGAAGCUCACGAACGUGCCCGAGAAGAUCCGCGUCGUCGAGGUCCUCUGCUCUGCGCUGGAGGAGGUGCAGCAUUGGUCCGCGGAGUACUUCGGCGCUGGCAAUGUCAGCUCGGGGAUGGCUUUUGGCAUCGGCUCAAUCGGCCGCAAGGAGGGCGACCUCUGGGCGGCCAAGCUCGAAGAAUUCACGAGCGUGUGUGAUGGCGUUGUGGGGCAGUUUGGCAAGAAGCUCGGUGUCGGUGAGGGAUUCGCUACCAAGAAGAGCAGCGGGGUCACUUCGUGGGGUGGACGCCUGACGCGUCAACUCGACAAGAUCACGAACGGCAAGAACCUCGAUUCGCCCGCGUUGUAUGUUCAGGGCCUGUCGAGGCUCUUCAUGGUUGCCCAAAUCCUUGAUGAGCACACCAAGGCCGCCUCUCCGCAAAGUACCGCGCCUCUUUACGCCGCUUUCCCUCCCGACUGCCGCAACGCAAUCGAAAAUAAGCUCCGGCACGCGUCCGAAUUCUUUGCCAAGGUCGUCCUGACGUUCGUUAUCCGUGACAUGGCCCUUCUCCUCGACAAGUACGUCAAGAAGUGCGAGAAGUGGCUUGCGGAAUAA